AUGACUACCUGGGGACCAGACCCGGGUCUUGUUGCUGACUUGACUGGCCAAAAAAAUGCACCCUGCCUGUGUGGACAGUGGCUGAGGCUGCUGCAGCGGAGGGGGCCUCCCCGAGCUAUUCAUGUAGCAGAAAGGCCUCUGGCUGUUGUGGGUUCAGAUCCCCUGAGACUUGCCCUGCAGCCAUCGGAAGAAGGUGGUCUUGAGACUUGGGGCCUGAUCGGGCUGAGAGGAAUCAGGACUUCUCUAAGCGCAGGGGUAUCGUGGUGGCCGAGGGACCCAGCUGUGGAGGGGAUGAUGGCAUUUCUCACAGCAGGUUUGCUGUCCGUGCUCGGGACGCCCAUUUGUAAAGAGAAAUUAAAUUUCCCUGGAGGUCCUAACCCCCCUCUUCUCGUUCUUAUUGCCUCAGCCCUAGACCCAUCCAAAGACCCCUGCCUGAAGGUGAAAUGCAGCCCUCACAAAGUAUGUGUGACCCAGGACUACCAGACUGCUGUGUGUGUCAGCCGCAAGUACCUGCUCCCCAGGCAAAAGAAGGGGAACGUGGCCCACAAACACUGGGUCGGACCCUCGAAUCUGGUGAAGUGCAAGCCCUGCCCUGCGGCACAGUCAGCCAUGGUCUGUGGCUCCGAUGGCCACACCUAUACUUCCAAGUGCAAGUUGGAGUUCCAUGCUUGUUCCACUGGAAAAAGCCUCACCAUCCUCUGUGACGGGCCCUGUCCAUGUCUUCCGGAGCCUGAGCCACCAAAACACAAGACAGAAAAGAAUGCCUGCACAGAUAAGGAGUUGAGGAACCUUGCGUCCCGGCUGAAAGACUGGUUUGGAGCCCUUCACGAGGAUGCCAACAGAGUCAUCAAGCCCACCAGCUCUGAUGCAGCUCAAGGCAGAUUUGACACCAGCAUCCUGCCGAUCUGCAAGGACUCCCUGGGCUGGAUGUUCAACAAGUUGGACAUGAACUAUGACCUCCUGCUUGACCACUCAGAGAUCAAUGCCAUCUACCUGGAUAAGUAUGAGCCCUGUAUCAAGCCUCUCUUCAACUCCUGUGACUCCUUCAAGGAUGGCAAGCUCUCCAACAACGAAUGGUGCUACUGCUUCCAGAAGCCUGGAGGUCUCCCUUGCCAGAAUGAAAUGAACAGGAUUCAGAAGCUGAGCAAGGGGAAAAGCCUGUUGGGAGCAUUCAUCCCUCGGUGCAAUGAGGAGGGCUAUUACAAAGCCACGCAGUGCCACGGCAGCACCGGGCAGUGCUGGUGUGUGGAUAAGUACGGCAACGAGCUGGCCGGCUCCAGGAAACAGGGCGCCGUGAGCUGUGAAGAGGAGCAGGAGACUUCAGGGGAUUUUGGCAGUGGUGGCGCUGUGGUCCUGCUGGAUGACCUAGACGACGAGCGGGAGCUGGGGCCAAAGGGCACGCUGGGGCGGCUGAGGGUGCGCACCCGGGCAGCGACAGAGGACGAUGAGGAUGGGGACGACGACAAGGACGACGAGGCAGGCUACACCUGGUAGGUAGUCCCCGCGAGGAAGAGGACCCGCGGCCUGCACGGAAUUGCAAGUCACUUCCUGCUCCUGCGUUUGUAUCUAAGACUCCACGGCACCAAGGCCUGUUCUCCACUGUUGCUCUCUGUGCGUGACCCGAGGCUUGGAAGACCGCUGCUUGUCCCCAGAGCAUUCUGGUCUUGCAUACAGUUGUGUGGGAAGAAGGGUGUGUGUGGCGUUUUGUUUUUUGAGGCAGGGGAGCGGCCGGCUCAGUUAAAGCCUCCUUCCCUCCCGUGAGGUUUUUGCAACAAGCAUGCGAUGUAUGUGGGAUCCUGACUGUGCAGGGAGCCCCCACCUUGUAGACGUCCAAGAUGCUUUUCGAUUACCCACACCAGUGGUCAUUCCAGCAUGGUUCCCGGCCUCACGGUGUCUAAGUGCUUUUCUUGUGUCCUGUAGAUGUCGUGGAAAACACACCACACUGUACUUCCUUCUGCCCUAUCCCCACCACCCCUCGUGUUAACAAUUAAAAAUUAGUUUUUCAUAUCACUA